ACAUGAGCGCAGGUCACGUGAUGUUUGUGAGCCGCUGCUCUUGGAAACAUUUUCACAUUCAUCAGAUUCAUCAGACGCCAAUAAAAGCGAGGGUUCGUGUGCACAGAACAGAGUCUGAAAGCGUUUGUGUUCCAGGAGCCGCUGCUGGAUGUGAGGAAGAGGAAGAGGAGGAUGGACAGACAGGAGGAGGAGGAAGAUGAGGAGGAGACAGUGUGUGGGGUGAUGGAGGAUAUCGUGUGUGUGGACGAACAGACGGUCCAGCGUCUGACGGACGGGUUUCUCUCUCACUAUCUGCCGGAGCUGUCCUCAUCCAAACGAGCGCUGCAGGAGCUGACACAAAACCAGGUGAUUCUGCUGGAUACGCUGGAUCAGGAAGUGGCGAAGUUCCGCGAAUGCAACGCCACGAUCGAUCUGAACGCGCUGUUCACAGAGGCCAAAGUUUAUCACAGCAAACUGGUGAACAUCCGCAAAGAAAUGAUCGUUCUGCACGACAAGACCACCAAACUGAAGAAGCGAGCGCUGAAGCUGCAGCAGCACAAGCAGAAGGAGGAUCUGGAGCGCGAGCAGCAGAGAGAGAGAGAGAGAGAGCGAGAGAGACAUCUCAUUGCCAAACCCGCCAAACGCAGCGACGCCGAACCGCACUGAGCGCGCUCAGAUACACGGCUCCGCCCACUGCACCGAGACUCCACCCCCAACAUCUGGAAAACAAUCAGAGAAACGCAUUCACGCAUGCAUCACGACUCUCGGAGGAAAUGUGCUGAUUUCAGGAUUUGAUCAGGACUCGGUGAUGAAGAUGUUUGACUCUCAAAGCUCUGAUGACCCUUCAUCAUCAUCAUCAUCAUCAUGUGCGUUUCUGUCCAGAUAAAUAAAAAUAAAUGAAUAAAACUCUAA